CAUUGUCAUUUGUCAACAAAACAAAUCAAUGGUUUUAUUUUGUGAACGUGAAGUUCCCGGUUUAAAAUUAAAUUUCAGUUAUUAAUUUAUUAGUUAUUCGUUAUUUCCAUGUAUUUUCGAGGUAAAACAAAAAUACAAAAAUGAAUAAGUUAAAAUUGUUUAUCAGCCAAAGAAGUCCUGCUAUAGUCGUAAGUCGUUUUGUCACAACAAAGAAGAAAAUACACGAUCCCAAUGAAGAAGAACAGCUUCCAAUAUUUCAGUACCCAGUUAGCAAAAGCUCAGACAGAAGAGUGUAUGUAUGGGGACUAGCCGAGACAGGUGCGCUCGGAAUACACAUGCCAAGGUACAAGAAGUCAGGCAAGAAGGCUUACAAGAACAACUUUAAUUUGGUUUGGCAUCCUAUGAGAUCCAGUUUUUGUGAAAGAUUUGAUGUGUUGAAGAUUGCCUGUGGUUAUGGCUUCACAGUAGCAGCUGUAAAAACAACAGAACAGCACAAAGUGUUUGGCACAGGCAUCAACACUGACUCACAGAUAGGCUACCAUGCCCCUAGGAUUGGACAUCCGCUGGAAAUGCUCCUUAGCCCUGCACCUAUUUAUAUACCUUAUACUUCUUUGGAAACCAAGAUUACAGGCCUAGCGGCCGGCAGAGCUCAUACCCUCAUUCAGACGGACAAUGAAGGUGUUUACUCAGUUGGUAAUAACGCAUAUGGUCAGUGCGGGAGGAAAAUAAACCCAAAUGAGGAGUAUAGAGGUAGCAUGGCUUCACAUAAUAUCAAGAGUCUGGGGAAAGAGAAAAUUAUUGAUGUUUGCUGUGGACAAGAUCAUAGUCUUUUCAUCACAGAGGGCGGUCGGGUGUACGCCUGCGGCUGGGGCGCGGACGGACAGACCGGUCUCGGCACGUACAACAACCAGGGCCACCCGGCUUUGGUCAAGGGUGACGUCACCAGUGAGAACAUUGUCAAGGUUGCCUCCACCGCUGACUGUGUGCUGGCUCUAAACGAUAAGGGAGAACUGUUUGGCUGGGGCAAUUCAGAGUACGGCCAGGUGCCGAUGUCAAAUAACCAGCAGCAGGUCAACAUGUCGUAUGCACUGGUCAACUUCACCAAAGGCUUGGGGAAGAUUGUAGACGUAGCAGCCGGAGGAUCUUUCUGUCUUAUUUGUAAUGAGCAAGGAGAUGUGUUUGUAUGGGGCUUUGGACUAUUGGGACUAGGUCCAAACGUCCAACACUCAACAAGACCAAAACAAAUACCAGCACCUUUGUUUGGAAGAAAUGAAUUCAACCCAGAUUCCAUGAUAACUAAAGUUGCCUGCGGCAUUGGUCAUUUGGCCGCCAUCACAGAUAAGGGAGACCUAUACAUGUGGGGGCGGAACAGGCAUGGCUGUUUAGGGUUAGGUCAUGAUAAAGAUCAACAUUUUCCAUUGAAAAUCAGCAUUGGUGCUCACGUGUUGUCUGUGCAUUGCAGUGUAGACCACACUGUUGCUAUGUGUAAACCUUUUACAUAGUUAUUUAUUUAAAAUUUAAGUAAUGUUAUAUGAAAUAAAAAAAAGGUAGCACAAAUAUAAA